CGGUUGACGUCAUUAAACCGGAAAUAACAUGAUCUUUUUCCGGGUCACUGUUCGCUGUUCCCGGACGUUUCACGCGGGAAAAGGGGGAGCAGAGGCAGCAGAGAUGGGAGACACACUGGAGUUCAAUGAGAUUUAUCAGGAGGUGAAAGGAUGCUGGAAUGAUGGCCGCUUGAGGUUCAGCAAACAGUCUGUAGUCUACAAAAGCAGUAAGACGGGAAAAGUGGACAGCAUCCCUGCCUCUGAUCUGUCUCUCGCACAGUGGCGUCGCGUCUGUCUCGGACAUGGAAUCAAACUGGCCACGAGCAACGGUCACGUCUACAAAUAUGACGGCUUCAAAGACACGGACUUUGAGAAAAUCUCUGCAUUUUUUAAGACCAACUACAAAGUUGAGCUGACAGAAAAGGACAUGUGUGUGAAAGGCUGGAACUGGGGAACUGCCAAAUUCUCAGGACCGCUGCUGUCAUUCGACAUUAACGACAGUCCCGCAUUCGAGAUCCCCCUGGCCAACGUAUCGCAGUGCACCACGGGAAAGAACGAGGUCACGGUGGAGUUCCAUCAGAACGAUGACGCCGAAGUGUCGCUCAUGGAGCUCCGCUUUUACGUCCCGCCCACCACAGGAGACGACGGCACAGACCCUGUAGAGGUUUUUUCCCAGAAUGUUCUCUCUCAGGCAGAUGUUAUUCAGGCUACUGGAGAUGCUGUGUGUAUCUUCAAAGAACUGCAGUGCCUUACGCCCAGAGGAAGGUACGAUAUUCGUAUCUAUCCCACUUUCCUACAUCUGCAUGGUAAGACGUUUGACUAUAAGAUCCCCUACACCACCGUCCUGCGCCUCUUCCUGCUGCCGCAUAAGGACCAGAGGCAGAUGUUCUUUGUGAUCAGCUUGGAUCCACCCAUUAAGCAGGGCCAGACACGCUAUCAUUUCCUCAUCCUCCUCUUCUCCAAAGACGAAGACGUUAACCUCACUCUCAGCAUGAGCGAGGAGGAGGUGGAGAGGCGCUUUGAGGGAAAGCUGAACAAGCACAUGUCCGGCUCUCUGUACGAGAUGGUCAGCAGGGUCAUGAAGGCUCUGGUCAACAGAAAGAUCACGGUGCCUGGAAACUUCCAGGGUCAUUCAGGUGCUCAGUGCAUCACAUGCUCGUACAAGGCUACCUCGGGGCUGCUGUAUCCUCUGGAGAGGGGCUUUAUUUACGUGCACAAACCCCCGGUGCACCUGCGCUUUGAGGAGAUCUCCUGCGUGAACUUCGCCCGAGGCACCACCACCACGCGCUCCUUCGACUUUGAGAUCGAGACCAAGCAGGGCAACCAGUACACCUUCAGCAGCAUCGAGAGAGAGGAAUACGGCAAGCUGUUUGACUUUGUUAAUGCCAAGAAGCUGAGCAUCAAGAACAGAGGCUUGAAGGAGGACAUAAAGGCAACCGGUGGCUACAGUGACUCCGACGAGGAUGAGCACGACGCUUAUUUGGAGAGGAUGAAGGAGGAGGGUAAAAUCAGAGAGGAGGGAGACGAGUCAGAGGGUGACAGUGACGAGUCCUUCAAUCCUGGCGAGGAAGAUGAUGAUAUCGCUGAAGAAUAUGACAGUAAUGCCUCGGUGAGCGACAGCGAAGCAGAGGAUGAUGAUAGCGAGGAUGAAGGGAAGAAGAAAAAAGUCGAGAAGAAGCCCAAGAAACCGGUGAAAGAGAAGAAGGAGAGAAAACCACGCAAAGAGAAGAAGGUGAAGGACGCAGGAGCCCCUAAGAGGCCCAUGAGCGCCUACAUGCUGUGGUUGAACGCGAACAGAGAGCGGAUCAAGUCUGAGAAUCCUGGAAUCUCUGUCACGGAGAUCUCCAAGAAAGCCGGAGAGAUGUGGAAACAGAUUGACAAAAGCCGCAGAGAGGAGUGGGAAAAGAAGGCAGAAGAAGCUAAAAGACAAUAUGACAGAGCAAUGAAAGAAUAUAAAGAAAGUGGCGGAGGAGCUUCAUCAUCUGCGGUCAAGGAAAAGAAGAAGAAAGGCGGGAAAGUGGAUGAGAAGAAAAGGAAGAGCGGAGGAGAGAAGGAGCGAGACAGAGGAGGAAACGAAAGCUUUAAGAGCAAAGAGUUCAUUUCUAGUGAGGAGAGCUCAUCAGAUUCUGAUCGCGGCAAACGCAAAAAGCGCAAGGCUGAUGAAGAUGAUGAGGAUGAGGAAGAAGUUGCCUCUACACCACCAAGCUCAGAGGAGGAGUCCGGCUCUGACUGAAGUCGCACACGUGUGCUGGGGUUCUGAAAACGUGAGCUGCCGCUCAGGAUAAACUACCGAAUGACGCACCGUGUUUUCAUUGAACAUCAUUUAGAGUUAUGUAGUUCAAUCAAGCAAACAUUGCUGAGAAACAAUUAUAAUUGGCUAAAAAAAUUGCAAGAAUGGUUAUUUUAAGAUUUAGAUCAAGUCGUUAAAGCUAACUUUUAAAAAAUCAAUAUGUUAGCUAGCAAGCAUUUAGAGCCUGGGUCAAGCAUUAUACAUUUUUAACCCAAAACUUGUUUUUGGUGUAAUAAUUGCUCUUACAAAGAUUUCAGUGAAAUUUUUGUUAUUUAUAAUUUCAUUCAUUUUGUCAUCACACGUCAUUUUUUCACAUUCAGGGAAAACUGUGCAUUUUGGUGGCUAAUGCUGAAUGUCAGCGAUGUUUAUCAGAACACCACUGUUACUUUUACAUUUUUUUUUUUUUUUUUUU